CUGGUUGUCGUCUUCGAGAUGUUCAUACCUCUGGUUCUCUUCGUGAUCCUUCUGCUGAUCAGGGAGAAGCUGCCAGCAUCCAAGAUGUCCAUAGCUCGGAACCACGUCAGAGCUCUGCCAUCGACAGGCAUGCUGUCUCUCAUUCAGCUGUUCUGUGAGGGCGAGGGCGAGCUGGACCAGCAGGGGUUUCUCAAUUUCUCCAGUGAAAAUCAGCUAAGCCGGCUCCUGGAGCAGCUGCAGAUUGUGGCCCAAGACCACGACUACUUCAGACCCGGCAUCUCCCCGCAGGAGAUGGAUGAUCUCCCAGAGACCUACCAGGCGGUCAUUGAUGAUCCAGCUUUCAUGAUUGAUGCUCUAAAGAAUGCCUCAGACAUUACCUUUAGUUCUCUGCUGAAAGACACUAGACAUUUCCGGAAGUUUCUCAUCAACAACUUGUCUCUGCCCCAAGAAGAAGCAGACACCCUGAUCAACUCUACUAUACAUGUGAGAGAGAUAUACCACUAUAUAUUUGGUGGAAAAAUAGGCUUGAACCUUCAAGUGCCCUUUCUGCGCUACCGACGAAGCUCAGACAACAGUUAUCCUUCCACUGACCUCCUCAGCAGCUUCCUGAACAACAGCAACAAUGUCAUGCUGUUGCCGGCCUUCCUCUCUUUGUUGCCAUCAUCAAAUGGUACAUCCAGCCUCUUGUUGGAUUUACUGAAGAACAUGCACACGUCGGAUCUGGCUGGGUUUUUGCAAGAAGCUACAGCAGCCGGAGGGGCUGGGCAGCAGUUGUACUGGAUCAAACUGAUGCCAAUUUUACAGGACAUCAUGGCUGAUCCGUCCAAGCUGUCCACGAAGGAAGGUCUUCAGGUUGUGAACCACAUCCUUCAGAGGAUUGAGGCUGCCAAUGGAUCGAUCAUUAUUCAGCCGGACCUGAUUGCUUCCGCUUUAAAGUUAAUUUUGGGAUCACCUUGGGUGAUGAGAAAAUUCCUCUGCGAUAACGACACAUUUGUUGAUGUGAUAAUUCCUCCCAACUCCACCAAUCAGUCUGUUGUGGUAAGUGAAGAUCUACAUUUCCGUCUGUGUCACCUGACAGAUGCAAAACUUCAGGAGUUAUCUAAUGAAUUGUCUGAAGAAAUAACCAAUGAGAAAUUGAUUGAGCUGCUGAAGUUGGAACCAGUUAACAUUACAGCCACUGCCUACAAGCUGGGUUCCUUUCUGAACAAGGCCGAGCGCUUCAUGAAGUUCCAGAGGGAGCUAGAAGAGAUAGCCCAGCUGAUCUCGCUUCUGCCAUUUGAUGAUAAUGCCACUGAGAUCAUCAACGCUACCAUCACCACACCACCCACUGUCAACAGCACAGAUUCAGAUGCUGACCAUGAACAUAGCUCUUCUGGUGAUGAAAGAAGAAAGAAUAGUGGCUGGAUGAAGAUGUGGGAUAUGAUGCACAAAACUGUCUGUGGCAAGAAAACCCCCGUACCUCCUACCAAACCACCACCGCACAAACACCGAACAACCCAGAAGACACAGGGUGCCUUAGAUGAUGGCAGUAGUGAUGAUAAUGCUGAUGAUGAAGAUGCAACAGCUGAUGAUACCAAUGCACUUGGGAUGACCCAAGCCCAGAGGGACAAACUGUCAAUCAUCCAGCACUACCUCUACUACAAUCCCACAGUCCUGUAUGCUCCAAAUGGAACAGCAGCUGAUAAAAUCAUUCAGAAGGCCAACACUACGGUUGCAUUUAUUGACCUAAUCAGCAGUUAUGCCAGGGAAUGGUUGAACAUAUCUCAACGUCUGCAUGCCUACCUUGAAAAGGACAAGACAGAGCAUAACCUUGAAAUGAUGAGAAAGAUGCAACAAGACAUCAGAGAUCACAGCAGCAUCCUGUCCUGGUUAUUUCAGCUCAAUAACCUGACUUCGUUUCUUGAUGCAGAGAUCCACACAAGCGAAUAUUAUACGCAUGAACUUAACCUCAUCGAUGCUGCUGCCAGUGGCUGGUUGCGUAUGAUGAAAGGAAUUAACUUGAACAUUUUCCGGGGGUUCGCCACAGAGGAGGACAUGUUGAAUUACUUUCUAACACAAGCAUACUACGAUAAUGCCAGUAUUAUUGCAGGUGUUGUAUUCCAGGAUCUUCCAGAUGAUGGAACCAUCCCCCCACAUCUUCAUUACAAGAUCCGUCAAAACGCCACUUACCUUCCUUCAACCAAGCAAGUCCGCAAACCCACAUGGGUCCCUGGACCAGGGCAAAACUUUUAUCCAUACUACCAGUUUGGCUUUGUCUGGGUUCAGGACAUGAUAGAGAGAGCCAUCAUUGACCUCCAGGUUGGAAGGGACGUGGUGGAGCCAGGGUCAUACAUUCAGCAGUUUCCUUACCCUUGUUAUGUCUGGGACCAAUUUAUGUUUAUGAUUGAGCACGUGAUGCCCCUGUGUCUGACGUUCAGUUGGGUUUAUUCAGUGGCUAUGUUGGUGCAGAGCAUUGUCUACGAGAAGGAGCAACGGCUGAAGGAGGUGAUGAAAAUGAUGGGUCUGAGCAAUGCGGUGCAUUGGUGUGCCUGGUUUGUCACCACGUUUUCCCAUAUGACCAUCUCUGUGGUGUUGCUGUCUGUUCUACUCAAGAUGGGAAAUGUCCUGCCACACAGCGACUUUUUCAUCAUUUUUCUAGUCAUGGAGAUUUACAUUUGUGCCAUCAUCUCAUUUUCUUUUCUGAUCAGCGUGCUGUAUUCCAAGGCCAAGGUUGCAGCCGCCUGUGCAGGAAUUAUCUACUUCCUGUCCUAUGACAUUGCCGGCGACAAUAUCUCAGGAGUGUGGAAAACUCUGGCAUCCCUGUUCUCAACUACUGCAUUUGGUCUGGGGGCCAAGUACUUUGCUUUCUACGAGGAGAUGGGCGUCGGGGUGCAGUGGACCAACAUUUACAUCUCGCCAGCGGAACAUGAUGAGUUCAACCUGUUCCUGGUCACCUUGAUGAUGGUGAUCGAUUGCUUCAUCUAUGGCGUCCUCGUCUGGUAUAUCGAGCAUGUACAUCCAGGGUCGUAUGGUUUGCCGAAACCCUGGUACUUUCCCCUGAUGAAGUCAUACUGGUGCGGCGGUAACCGGCAUGUGGAGCACUGUGGGAACCCAUUGACCUGGUGUUUCCGCCGCACCCAUGACCAUCUCUCAGUCACAGAGGAAGACCAAGCCUGUGCUAUGGCUCACCAGAAUCCGGAACAUGCACACAGAUUUGAACCAGAUCCUGUGCAUUUGCCACUUGGUGUAUGCAUUGAUAAUUUGACAAAGGUUUAUAAACUUGGCAAGAAAACAGCAGUCAAAAAUCUGAGUCUCAAUCUUUAUGAAGAUCAGAUAACUUCAUUCCUAGGACAUAACGGGGCUGGGAAAACCACAACAAUGUCAAUGAUAACCGGGCUGAUUCCACCGACCGCUGGCACUGCCUCUGUGUACAACUAUGACAUCAGAACUGACAUGGAUGUCAUUAGACAGAGUUUGGGCAUGUGCCCUCAGCAUAAUGUGCUUUUUGAGAAGUUCACUGUUGAAGAGCAUUUAUGGUUCUACGCCAGUCUGAAAGGCAUGAAAGCAGAUGCUAUUAAAAAGGAAACAGACAGAAUGAUUGAAGACCUCUGUCUCCCUGACAAGAGGCAUGUCCGUGUGGAUUGUCUGUCCGGGGGAAUGCAGCGCAAACUAUCUGUGGCUAUUGCUUUUGUUGGAGGGUCAAGGACCGUAAUUCUGGAUGAACCAACAGCAGGGGUGGAUCCAUAUGCCAGGAGGGCUAUUUGGGAUUUGUUGGUGAAAUUCAAGAAAGGUCGAACAAUCCUGCUGUCCACUCAUCACAUGGAUGAGGCAGACUUUCUGGGCGACAGAAUUGCUAUCAUUUCCAAUGGACAGCUCAAAUGUGUCGGCUCCUCAGUUUUUCUGAAGAACAUGAUAGGGGACGGAUACCACCUGACCUUCUCCAAGGAGGAGCCUGAAGUCCAUGAGGAGGAGCAGGAUGAUGAUGAUAACACAGAGGCAGCUGGUGAUAAUACCCAUGAGCAAAGAGGUAAAGCAAUGAUUGAUGUCCACCAUCACAGUCUCCACCAGCAUCAUCGCCAGAAGCAAGAGUCGCUGUGUAAAGAGUCCCAGGUGACAGCCUUCGUACAGAAGUACGUUUCCAGCGCCUACCUGGUGUCGGAGAACUUCCGGGAGCUGCAUUACAUUCUGCCGUUUGAGGAGGUCAAAAAGGGGUGCUUUGAGAAACUUUUCAUAAACCUGGACACUUCCCUUGAUGAGCUUCAUGUUACCAGCUAUGGCAUAAUGGACACAAAUCUGGAAGAAAUUUUCCUCAAAGUCACAGAAGCAGCAUAUAUUGAGGAGGAAGCUUCUGAGGAAACAAAAUCCCUGGAGACCUUUCCACCAGACAGGGCAGCUAACCCAUCACAUACUCAUCCAUCUUCUGCUGGUACUCCACUGGUGGACAGUCCGGCAACCUCACUGAGCAAUCUCCUGGACACAGACGUGGCCGGACUUGCUUCUGCUGCUCCUACAGCCCAUUCUGGGGACAGGAACAAUGCUUCAACUGAGGAAGGCAGCAGUGGUGAUGAUGAAGGGUGUGAGUCCCCGGGGUACCACAGCAGCAGGGUGCCUAUUCUGACGAGGGACAACAUCAUACUGGAGGACUUUAGUGGAAGGCAGGACACUCCUAGAAUCCUCCUGGAAGGUAGAGGGAGCCACAUGUUGAAUUCCAAGCUGCUGCUGUUUAACCACUUCAAGGCUGUCAUCAUCAAACGCUUCCACUACAUCACCCGCAACUGGCGCAGUCUUUUCUCUCAAAUCAUCCUGCCGGCCAUUUUUGUUGCCAUCGCCAUGACUGUUGCCUUGGCAGCGCCAUCUGUUGAUGACCUCCCACCACUGGAGCUGAGCACCACUCAGUACACCAAUGUCUCUUUGCCAAAAGGGAACUUCAUUCCAUUUACAAAUGAGAGAAUGAGUCGCAGAUCGAAGGUCAAUCCCUUAGAUGCUAUAGCCAGUGAACUCCAGGAAACUCUAGCCCUGGCGUCUGGCAUCGGAGCCAGUUGUCUGCUCAGAUCUCCAAACAUCACUGUUCGCAACCACUCCGCAGAUUAUGACAUGGAAGAUUACGAGGCAUUAUGUCAGUGGAUGUUUCAAGCACAAUCCUUCUUAUCCAUUGAGCAUACCAAGCGCUACUCAGAGCAUUACAUCAACAUGACCUUUGACCCACAGAAUCCCUACUCCUCGAGGCAGUACUAUCCAUCCAACUGCGCUUGCAAAGAGGAUGGCACAGGGUUCAACUGCCAGGGCGAGCCGUAUGAGAAACCUCCUGGUUUUCAAGUGGUUACUUUAGACAGGUUGAACAACAUAACCGGGCAGAAAACUCAGGACUAUCUCCUCUACACCACGUAUGAUAUGGAGAUGCAUAGGUAUGGUGGAUUGUCAUUCGGAUUGGUGCAGAAAUAUGUGCCGGAAAACUUUGGUUUGAAUGCCCCAACUCUGUUCAAGAAACUUGCAGUUAGGAAUGUGGCAACUAUGUGGUUCAACCACAAAGGCUAUCACUCAAUGGCAGUCUACCUGAAUAUACUGAACAACGCCAUCUUGAGGGCCAACCUGCCACCCAGUAAAGGCAACCCUGCUGCCUACGGCUUCACCCUGUACAACCAUCCUUGGAAUGAUACAAACAGCGAGUUGUCUUCCCUUGAUUACAUACUUGAAGGCUCAGAUGUGCUGAUCUCCAUCUUCAUCAUUGCGGCCAUGUCAUUUGUACCUGCCAGUUUUGUCGUCUUUCUGGUCUAUGAGAAAUCAACAAAGGCCAAGCACCUGCAGUUUGUAACUGGCAUGAACCCUGUCAUGUACUGGUUGGGCAACUACGUCUGGGAUAUGGCCAACUAUGUGAUUCCAGCAUUCAUGUGUGUGAUGAUACUCCUGAUUUUUCAAAUACCAGCCUAUGUGUCUGCUGCCAAUCUGCCAUCAGUUGUAGCCCUUUUCCUCAUGUAUGGAUGGUCAAUGACUCCAUUGAUGUACCCAGCCUCUUUCUGGUUCAAAGAGCCUAGUGUGGCCUACAUUGCUCUGAUAGUUAUCAACCUCUUCACCGGCAUCACCUGCAUUGUUUGUAGCUUUCUCCUGGAGAUCUUCUCCUAUGACCACGAUUUGGAGAGGGUGCAUAAAGUGUUGAAAGUUGUCUUCAUGAUGUUUCCCAACUACUGUCUAGGUCGAGGCCUUAUGGAGUUAGCUUUCAAUGAGUACAAGAAUGAGUACUAUUUUAAAACUGGUCAGAUCGACAAGAUGCGGUCAGCCAUGGAGUUUGACCUGAUCCCCUGCCAUCUGGUGGCCAUGGCCAGUAUUGGGCUGAUCUUCUUCCUCAUCACCCUAAUGUGUGAAUACAGGUUCUUCGUCAGACCCAG